GUAGUGCUCCAAGCAACCUUGCACGUGACGCGUUGGAGUAGGCGAGAGAGACAGCAUCUCCUGCGUCCAAGGAGUUGAAGAGCAGCUCCCAAGGGCGGUGGGCAAAAUGCCGAACUUCGGUUUGAAGAGGAUCCGGAGCCAACGGGGUUAAAACCAGCGACUCCCCCCAUUUCCCGCCUCCCUUAAAAAACGUCCACCCCGCCAGCUAUGGGCAGCCGGGAUCACCUGUUCAAAGUGCUGGUGGUGGGGGACGCCGCAGUGGGCAAGACGUCUCUGGUGCAAAGAUAUUCCCAGGACAGCUUCAGCAAACACUACAAGUCCACGGUGGGAGUGGAUUUCGCUCUGAAGGUUCUCCAGUGGUCUGACUCAGAGAUGGUGCGGCUCCAGCUGUGGGAUAUUGCAGGGCAGGAGCGCUUCACAUCUAUGACACGACUGUACUAUCGAGAUGCCUCUGCCUGUGUUAUUAUGUUUGAUGUUACCAAUGCCACUACCUUCAGCAACAGCCAGAGAUGGAAACAGGACCUAGACAGCAAGCUCACACUGCCCAAUGGAGAGCCCGUGCCCUGCCUGCUCUUGGCCAACAAGUGUGAUCUGUCCCCUUGGGCAGUGAGCCGAGACCAGGUUGACCGGUUCAGUAAAGAGAACGGUUUCAUGGGUUGGACAGAAACAUCAGUCAAGGAGAACAAAAAUAUUAAUGAGGCCAUGAGAGUCCUUAUUGAAAAGAUGAUGAGCAAUUCCAGAGAAGAUAUGUCUUCGACCACCCAAGGGAACUACAUCAACCUACAAACCAAGCCCUCCUCCAGCUGGGCCUGCUGCUAGUAGCGUUUCUCGUUUUUCCUCCCCGUCCUAAGAGGUCUUUCCAUCUCUUCCCUUUGGUUGCCCACCCAGUCAUUUUGAUUAAGUACAUUGGAACUGUCUCCUGCCGACUAUCCAGUAAGGAGGGCCAUCAUCACUAAGAAAAGACAUCUGGGACCCACGUGCAUUUCUGCAUCUCCUGCAACUUGGUUCUCACUCACUGCUGGCUCACGUAGUCCAGUUAGUGCUCUCUGUUAAGAAAGAUCAUCUCAUUGUUCAAUUUGUGACCCGGGAUUUUGUGGGAAGGAUUAGACAUCAGUAUCUGUGUUUUAAGGAUCGUAAUUCUCACCUGCUUUUGAGCUUAUUUUUCCAUCUGAUAUAUGUUGAUAUCUCAAUCUGAUAUGACUUCAGUAGAGAGGCAAAUGAAGUCCAAGGUCAUUUCCCAGAUUCCUUGUUGGUCAUGGCUUUCGGAUUCUUUCUGUGUUGGACUUUGAAUUUAAACACCCAAUCCUAAGAUACAGAAGGAGUAGGGCUGGAUGUCUUUGAGUUUGAGGCCCCUGGAGGUGACCCCAAAGUCACUGUAUUUUUGAAGUUUCUAAAGUCAUAAUUAGCUUUCUUUUGUGUAGGCUUCAAGAACAGUCAAGCUUUUAAACUAUCUGUCUUGUGUGGUGAGAGCAUUUCUUUCCUCAAAGAAAUUAAUCUCACAUUAGGGUUUUCUAAGUGUCUCCCUACCAGUGGGGUAGAGGUGGGGUCCACAGGUUUCUGGAUUGAUGUCUUGAUGCAUAAUGCUGCAGGUGACAUCAGCUGGUGGUGGUGUCCAGUUGUCUGUUCCUCUUAGCUCUGGGAAUCUGAAUGGAAGAAGAGGGAGAGGUUAAUAAAACGAAAUCCUGUGGGGUAACUUCUUAUGAGCAAUCUGGGUAGGUAGCACUUAACAGCCAUAGGAAACAAAUAUUAUGUACAGAUCUUUGCUGGGGGUGGGACUAGAUAGACAGAAAAUCAUUAGGUAAUAUAAGUGCUAAGUUGGGUAUGGUUUUUAGGAUCAAAUCACUUCUAGACAUUUUAAUUUGUUAAAUUCUCAUAGGAUGGUGAUUAUAUAACCUACCCAAAGUUAUGAAUAUUCUUAGUGAACUCAGAGGCCUGGAGUUCUUUGAGAGACACUUAUCUAAAUAAGUAUCCUAAAUAGUGGUUCCCAAGUCUGACUGGUCAGAACCACCUGAGAAGUUUGUUAAAAAAUUUUUAAAUAUUUUAAGAUUUCUGGGUCCCAACCUCACACCUACUGAAUCAGGGUGAAGCCUGGGAAUUCGUUGUUCUUCAAAGCUUCCCAGAUGAUUCUGAUAAGCCUGGUUUGGAAACCAUUGCUGGAGAACUCAGUAAAGAUGCAGAGACCCAGGCCUCCGCUUCUGUCAGCUCUCUUAGUUCUCCAGAUGAUUCUGAUGUACACCCAACUUUGAAAAUCGCUAUCCUAAGAGAGAGAUUAGAGGCCAAAUAUUAGAAAGAGAAUGGGAGCCAAACCUUCAGUGAUUGGUUGGUUGAUUUGUUUGUUUGUUUGUUCGUUUGUUUUUAAUGCCAGUUAUAAUAGUUAUAAUUUUUGCACAGCCUUUUGAGACCUUGAAGUUCUCUUUUGUAUUACCCUUUUCAGGUAGUGUUUUUCUUACAAUGAUUCUGAAGAUAGUAGUGAAGUAACAAAUUCCUUUUAUGUAAGAAGAAAAUUGAUUUUUAUUCACUGGUCUGAACCCCUGCAAAAUCACAAAUAAAUGGAAAAUAGUCUUGUA